AUGCCUCCCGCCGCCCAACCUACCCCUCGCACACUCCUUCCGCCAGAAACCCCGCCGCGUCCCCUCGUUCUGCGCUUCACAAAGGGCUCCAUCCACAGCAUCGUCUUCUUCCCCGUCCUCCUGCACUCCCUCUUCACCGUCCUCAUCGUCUAUCUCGACACCCGUGUGCUCUCCUCCCUCGGGCUCCCUUCUACCAUCAUCCCUUCGCUCUCCAUCGUCGUAGGCCUCAUGCUCGUCUUCCGCAACUCCACGUCCUACGACCGCUUUUGGACGGGCAGGAAUUGCCUCACCACUAUUGUGCUGUAUGCGAUCAAGCAUAAUCUACGCGCCGAGUUUAAUAUUCCUCCUGCGUCGCUGGAAGGGGCGCCUACUUUUGACGCGCAUUCUACGCCUGUGUCGAGACGACCGAGCUAUGUGGACCGUCCGACUCCGUCGUCUGAGGACGCUGGCGAGGACGGGCUAGUAGAUGGGGAUGGUCUGCACCAGCCCAAGGAGGUGUAUAAGAGUCUUUUGCCGGACGGCCUGCGAGGGUAUGAAGACGAGGGCUUGAGUCUGCCGCUCCAGCUAAGCGUGCUGGUCGAGAGCUACAUCCGACGAGGCGUAGACCGCGGCUGGUUCCACGCGCCACUAGCCUCGCAAAUGACCGUUCAGAUUAAUUCUCUAGUCGAUGCAUACGGGCGUAUGGAGACAAUUCGCUCGACGCCGAUUCCUGUCGCGCAUCUCAUCCACCAGAAACAAGUCCUCGCCCUCUUCACCUGCGUACUUCCCUUCGCCGUCGUGGACGACUACGUCUGGUGGUCGGUUCCUAUCGUCGCUAUCGUGGCCUUCACGCUCUACGGUAUCGAGGGCAUCGGCCAGCAGCUCGAGGACCCCUUCGGCUACGACAAAAACGACAUCAAGAUGGACGGCAUCAUCGAGGAUACGCGGCGGGAAGUCCUGACUCUACUUAGCGAGUGGCAGAAAGCGCAGGGGGAUGCUGAGGACGAGGGCGCGCAUUUGGGUGGCAUGUUCAAUUGA